AGGAUAUUGCUUCUCUCCGUCCGCUUGCUGAAAUGAGAUCGGCAGCAGUGCCAUCAUGUUCCGAUGUUCGUUCCCCAGCGCAAACCCUAACCUAGAUGCUUCCCCUCCGCGGCCGAUGACCCCGCGCGUGCCGCCGUUCCGCCACCACCCGGCGCACCUCAUCCUCACCGACGCAGUUGCUUCGUGGCAUCCCUUCCACAAGAAGCCCUGCCUCUCCGACCGCUCCACCGCUCCCCCUUCCGCCCCCCUCGGCGAUGCAGCCACCGCGGAGACCCCGACACCUCCCCCCUCGGCCGCUGGCAGCGGAGGAUCCUUCCGGUGGCUCGGGCUCCGCAAGCGCCGGCGCCGCGGCGGAGUCUCGCGGUCGGUGUCAGGCCGCAGCAGCGACCGCCGGAGAUCCGGCACGUGCUCCGACUUCCAUGUCACGUGCGGCCCCGGUGGUGGCGGCGCCACGGACUCUAGCGGGGAGAUGUGGGCAUCGGAUGUUGGGGAAUUGCGGGCGAGGGACGUUCCCAUGGCACCGGAGUUCGCCCCGGCACCCGUUGGUGGGGCUGGAUCGGGGGCUGGUGGGACGGGCACUGGGGCCGAGGCGGCAGCGGCCGAGUCUGGCUAUGGCAGCGAGCCUGGCUAUCGUGGUGACGUGGAGCUUGGGUACGGGGAUGAGAUAGACGAGGAGGAGGAGGACGGGAGGCAGCAGGUGUUCUUCUGGGGCGGUGAGAUCGGAGAUUGCAUCGCUGAUAUGGAUAAGAUGGUCAUUGUUGGUGACAACAAUUUUGGCGAGCAGAAGAGUCAUCACCGAUGCAGGCGCAAGAAGCAUGAUGUGAGGAUGUUGGAUGCGUUGAGAUGAGAAGUUUUACAUAACGCUGGUAAAUAUAUAGACAUGUGUUGUAUCACGUAUCAUGGCUUGCAUGCACAAUUCGCCCUUGGGAAUCAAAUUCCGGUGUAUCAGGAUGUGUACAGUUGUUUCCAGAUAAUGUUCUGUAAGAAUGUUUUGAAGAAUUCUGUAUGUACCUAGCAUUAUUUGAAAUUAUUGCCAGGCAUGCUCUGCUUGCUUUGCUGGCAGAUCUUACCUU